AUUUCGCUUAAAACUUGUAUUCGUGGCAAUUUAUAAAAUUUGAUUUUGUGCUGUCAGUGAUGUAUGCCCUCUUAUGUAUGUUGCCAAUAUUUCUGUAGUUUUUAAAUAUUUAUUUAAAAUUUUCUGCAUAUUUCAAUAAAAAUAAAGUAAGUCAACCUUAUGUGUUGAGAAAGCUGUGUAUAGAUCCCUUCGGGGCAAUUCCCGUUGUUAAUCCUCAAGGUUUGAAGAGCAGUGCAUGAAGGAUCUUGCUUUGCAUUGUUUUUGUCAGUUCAGAUCAUGUCCAUAUUACUUAUGAAUCAAGCCUGCAUUUCUGGGACUUUGGUGCGGAAACUUGAGCUAAUCUUUCUGAAAACAUGACAGCUUCUUAAAACUAGAUGAAAGGAAUCAAAUCUGAAGAUUUUGUGCUUUGAAAUACUCAAGAGCAAGAAAAUACUGGCAUCAUGACUUCAAGUUGCUUAGAUUUAAGCAUACCAUCAUCUUCAACAUGUAAGGAUGAUUUUGUGUCUCAGUGGCGCUGUCACAGAAGGACGAAAAGUGCAGGAAGCAAUGCUUCCAGAGACUUAUCGUUAUAUACAUCGAUGGGUUUAUAUGCUCAUCAUGGGGUUUUUGCCCCUCAAGAAAAUACAGCAGUUGAGAAGAAUGUUGAAGUAUCAUUUAACUGCAAAUAUGAUUUGAUAAAAAUUGUUGAAAAGUCUGAUCGAGCUGCUCUGCAUUCACGUGAUCAACAAGAAGAUCUUGAUCUUCGGGAAUGUGGAAUACUCUCUUGCCGUCCACAUUUCUUGCAGCGCUUUGCGAGUAUCCGAAUAUUUGUCUUCCUGUCAUGUGUUUUAGUUACUGUUCAACAAGCAUUGUCUUCAGGUUAUUUCAAUAGUGUUAUAACUACUAUUGAGAAAAGGUUUGAUAUUCCCAGUCGUGUUUCUGGAGCCAUUGCAAGUACUUUUGAAAUUGGUAAUUUACUUACCAUAAUAUUUGUCAGUUACCUUGGCAGUCAUAGACAUAUACCUGUCUGGAUUGGUAAAGGUAUUAUUGUUAUGGGUAUUGGUUCCCUUGUAUUUUCUAUUCCUUACUUUCUGGAACAGCAUUCUUCUGCUAUUUUACUAAGGAAUCUAACUCAUCCCAUGGAUGAAAAUACUUGUCAAUUACCAGCUGCCACCGUCCAGUCUUCUCAAACGGCACAUACAGGGCACUUUAUUAAUCCGCCUUCGCAUGAAACUGACCCAACUGUAUGUAACGAAGGAAGAUCUUCCAAUACUUUGUAUAUUUUAAUUUUCAUGAUAGCCCAGAUAUUAAUAGGCAGUGGGGGAACUCCAAUCUUCACUUUAGGAACAACAUAUAUAGAUGACCAUGUGAAGAAAGAAAGCUCUUCUAUGUAUAUUGGAUGCAUGUACAGUAUGGUUGCAUUUGGUUUAGUGUGUGGCUUUUUACUUGGAGGGUAUUUGCUGUCCUUUCAUGAAGAUUAUUUAUUGUACAAUACUGUGCCUCCAAAUUUAUAUCCUGGUCACCCAAGAUGGAUUGGAGCUUGGUGGGUAGGAUUUGUCAUAUGUGGCAUUCUUCUUUUGUUGGUAUCCAUUCCAUAUUUUGCUUUUCCAAAAGUGCUUCUGAGAGAAAAGCAGCGGUUACGUUGGGAAGAGAAAGGUGAAUAUUACAGCACUCGCCGUCUUAAAAGUGAAAGUAACACACUUGAGAGGCAAAAUGGACAAGAGAUGGUUACAUAUUCUGAACAAAAUUCAAGAGAAAAAUCAAAGGAAUAUGGCAAAGAUAUUAAAGAUAUUCCUGCUUCAAUGUGGCGUCUUUUGAGUAAUCCUAUUUAUGUUGUAACUUGUCUUGGGUCAUGUAUGGAACUUUCUAUUGUAAAUGGUUUCCUUGUCUUCCUACCCAAGUACCUAGAAACACAAUUCAGCAUUGGGAAGUCUCAAGCAAGUAUUUUUACCGGUGGAAUAGCAAUACCUGGAGCAUGUGUUGGAAUUUUUAUGGGUGGUUAUUUAUUAAAACGCUUCCAACUGAAGCCUAAAGGUGCAAUACAGUUUGUUUUAUUUUUUAAUAUUGUGUGUAUGGGCUUAUAUACUCUUCUGUACUUCCUGGGAUGUGACAACAUUCGAAUGGCUGGUGCAACACUUCCAUAUUUUAAUAAUACACUGAAUGCUGACUUGGAGCCAUUCCAAGUGAAUUUAACAGCUGAUUGUAAUAUGGGUUGUCGCUGUAGUCCAAAUGAAAUUGAGCCUGUAUGUGGAAGCAAUGGAAUAACGUAUUUUUCUCCAUGCCAUGCAGGUUGUAAAGCUGAAGGUGACCAUAAAUUAAAUAGUUACUCCAAUUGUGCCUGUAUAUUAGCUAAUACAACUAGAGGCCAUGAAGUGCUGGCAUUUCCUCUUGCAACAACUGGCCCAUGUCCUAAUGUUUGUCAUGUUAUCAUUCCUUUUAUGAUUCUACUCUUCAUCAUGACUCUUGUUGUCUCUAUAACACAUAUGCCCUUGUUGAUGAUAACUCUCAGGUCUGUUGAUGAGGAAGAAAGAGCAUUUGCCUUAGGAAUGCAGUUUGUUAUCUUUCGUCUGUUUGGUUAUAUACCAUCUCCUAUUAUGUUUGGAAAUGUUAUUGAUUCAACAUGCAUUUUAUGGAAAGCUCAUUGUGGGCGACCUGGGGGUUUUUGCCUCAUGUACAACAUAGAACAUUUCAGACUAAAGUAA